AUGAGCUUGGUUGAACCGGACCUUGUACUAUUACGUUGUCCCGAAUCAGUAUCAACCGCUUCAGUGCAAAGAGAUCAGAAUCAGUCAGCUUCUGAAACCGAUGAUUCCCAGUCAACAUCUUCAGUGGAUAGUGGACAUGUGUCAGCUGGAUCAUAUAACCAUCAUCUUUCGGUAGAAAAUGAGCCUUUAAUUGAAAACGAAGAAACACUGCAGUUAUGGAAAACGAAUAAUCUCGCGAAGAUGGAUAGAUCCAUGAGCAAAGCUUCACUUACAUCUACAUCUUCUGCAUCACUUUGUCGGAUAUGCCACACGGAAUAUGUGUCAAGUCGAGAUCCAUUUGUGUCACCUUGUCGAUGUUCCGGAAGUUUACUCUACGUUCAUCGCAGUUGUUUAGUGCAUUGGUUGGAGUUGUCAACAAGAAAGUUCAUACCUUCCCCACAAUGCGAAUUAUGCUGUUAUAAUUAUAAAAGAGGAGCAUGUAUAAAUUUGAGAAGUUUACAUUUUCCUUCCCUCGGAUAUCGUGACCGAUUGUUGAACCUCUUAUUUCUGGCCUCAAGCGUCCUGAUGUUUAUGAGUGCUGCUAUUGGUUUCCAUUUUUUGCUCAUGGCCGAUAAGUAUCAAACUGCUUUUAGAAAUUUCCGCUCCGUUUCGGCGAACUUGAACUAUGAAGACAUAUCUAUAAUUGUAUGUGCGACUCUGUUUUUCAUAAGCUUCUUCACUGCUGUUUUUACCCAAUAUAGAGCGGAAGCCUCUGUGUUUCGUUUGAUGUUCCGAUUUCUUGUAAUUAAUAGCAAUUGGACAAUCAGAAACUACGAUAUUAAAGAUGAUCCCGAAAUGCUUGCUAUCCGGCAGGCUCGUGCUGAUGGUCGUGUUGCACCAUCAUUAGUUGGAAUGAAAGCAAAGAAUGGGCCUAGCGAUCAAGUACCUUUCCCUCUGCUAUUUAGUGGAGCCAUCGUAUGA